GUAUUGCCAUCGCCAAGAGCAAAGGGGCACGGUACCGGCUUGGCCCAGAGCUCGAGAUCUGUGGCUAUGGCUGCUCAGAUCACUAUUAUGAGUCUGACACACUCUUGCAUUCGUUUCAAGUUCUGGAAAAGCUGUUGGAGUCUCCAGCUACUCAAGAUAUUAUCUGUGAUGUGGGAAUGCCUGUUCUGCACAGAAAUGUUCGCUACAAUUGCCGAGUGAUCUUUUUAAAUAAGAAAAUUCUUCUGAUCAGACCAAAGAUAUCCCUGGCAAAUGCAGGAAACUACAGGGAACUGAGAUGGUUUACCCCGUGGAGCAAAGCAAGGCAUGUGGAGGAAUAUUUUCUACCCAGGAGAAUUCAGGAAGUGACUGGGCAGGAAACUGUUUGGGGAUGCAAUGCAGUGCUAGUGACCAAAGACACCUGCCUAGGGGCAGAAAUAUGUGAAGAACUCUGGGCACCAAACAGCCCUCACAUUGAGAUGGGGCUUGAUGGGGUGGAAAUCUUCACUAACUCUUCUGGGAGUCACCACGUGCUGCGUAAGGCUCACGCUCGUGUGGAUUUGGUGAAUUCUGCCACAGCAAAGAAUGGUGGAAUAUAUGUUUUAGCUAACCAGAAAGGCUGUGAUGGUGACCGUCUGUAUUAUGAUGGCUGUGCCAUGAUCUCAAUGAAUGGAGAAACAGUUGCACAAGGAUCCCAGUUCUCACUGGAUGAUGUGGAGGUGCUGGUUGCCACUCUGGACUUGGAGGAUGUUCGAAGUUACAGAGCAGAGAUUUCAUCCCGUAACUUAGCGGCAAGUAAAGUGAAUCCUUAUCCCAGGGUGAAAGUGAAUUUUGCUCUGUGUCCUGAUGAUAUAGCUGUACCUACCUGUAUGCCAAUCCAGUGGAGACAUCAUAGUCCUGAAGAGGAGAUCAGCCUUGGACCUGCAUGUUGGCUUUGGGACUACCUGAGGCGCAGCAAACAGGCAGGAUUUCUCCUACCUCUUAGUGGUGGAAUUGACAGCUCUGCUACAGCCUGCAUAGUGUACUCGAUGUGUCACCAGGUUUGCCUGGCAGUCAAGAAUGGAAAUGCAGAGGUGCUGGCUGAUGCACGCAGGAUUGUGAACGAUGAGUCCUACAUCCCUGAGGAUCCUCGGGAAUUCUGCAGGCGUAUCUUUACCACGUGCUACAUGGCUAGUGAGAACUCCUCCCAGGAUACCUGCAACAGGGCUAAACUUCUGGCUGAGCAAAUAGGCAGCUAUCACAUCAAUCUGAACAUAGAUGCAGCUGUGAAAGCUGUUGUGGGAAUUUUCAGCGUGGUGACAGGUCGGACUCCUCGAUUUUCUGUCUAUGGAGGGAGCAGCAGAGAAAGCCUAGCACUGCAGAACGUGCAGGCUAGAAUAAGAAUGGUCCUUGCCUACCUUUUUGCUCAGCUGACACUUUGGGCUCGUGGCAUGCCAGGGGGGCUGCUAGUGCUGGGAUCAGCCAAUGUGGAUGAAAGUCUCCGUGGUUACCUGACCAAGUAUGAUUGCUCAAGUGCUGAUAUCAACCCCAUUGGUGGAAUCAGCAAGACUGAUCUGAAGAACUUCAUACAGUAUUGCAUUGAAAACUUUCAGCUCACAGCCCUCAGGAGUAUCAUGUCAGCUCCACCCACUGCAGAGUUAGAGCCCCUGGUGGAUGGACGAGUAGCUCAAACUGAUGAGGCAGAUAUGGGGAUGACCUAUGCAGAGCUCUCCAUCUAUGGCAAACUAAGAAAAAUUGCCAAGGCUGGACCAUAUAGUAUGUUCUGUAAGCUGAUUAACAUGUGGAAGGAAAUUUGCACUCCAAGAGAGGUGGCAUCCAAGGUUAAGCAUUUCUUCAGGAUGUAUUCAGUUAACAGACAUAAAAUGACCACCCUCACUCCUUCCUACCAUGCUGAAAACUACAGCCCAGAUGACAACCGGUUUGACCUGAGGCCUUUCCUUUAUAACACUACAUGGUCCUGGCAAUUUGGGUGUAUAGAUAAACAGGUAAAUGCCUCAUCUU